CAGCUAGCUCAGUAGCUCACCGGUAUAUUUCAUGGCCCAAGACAACGCACCAGCUGGUCGCGGCCGCUCCACCACUCCACCAAGCACCGGCAUGUGGGAGUCUCCUCCUCGCCAGAUGCAAGCGCACGCGCCCUUCCCCUCCUGGAGCCCCUACGCCGGCACGUUCGUCGCCGGAGCCGGCGAAGCCGUCGGCGCGCACCUCUCGCCGCCGCCGGCAGCGGCCGACUCGCCGCGCCUGCCGAGCGAGCACGUCCCCGACCAUGUCUGGAACCAGAGCGCCCACAGGGAGAACUUCCUUUCCCUGCUCGGGGCGAGGAACGUGGUGCCGGAGAUGUUCGAGGACGUCCCCGCGGCGUGCGACUACCUCGCAGGGCCGGUGGGCGCCGCGGCGUCGGCGGCGGCUGGCAACACGGGCGGCGGCGCAGCUGCCUACGGCCUCGGCAGCGCAGACCGUCUGUACUCGGGGAACAGCGCGGCGCACGGGAGCAGCGUGGGCUGCGCGCCACGCUACGAUCACGAGGUGAAACCAGCAGACUGCAGCCUGCAGCAGGGGUUUGGAGCUCCCACGGCUUCAUCAUUUCUGCAGCAAAUGAUCCCUACCCUGGUGGAGAUUCAGACUGCUCUGGGUUAUUCCGGCAUGGGAUCUGGAAGACCAACGGAGUCUUCUUCUUUCGGCGUGGGGUGCCUGCCGCCGGAUGCCGGUUCUUUUGGUGACCACAGGCCAGCUUCAGAAUUCAUGUCUAGCAACAGCAGUAGACAUGAGCAAGAUAUUAGGCCGGGGAUGGGCAGUAGCAGCAGUGGAACUGGAGCAGCAAGUGUAGCCACGAGGAGGAGAUCAGAGGAGAGGGUUGGAGUUGGAGGAAACGCGAAGAAAUCGAAGCAGGAGGCUUCCCGCAAGGCGUCGCCACCCAAGGCUCAAGCGCCCAUAGUGAAGCUGGGAGAGAAGAUCACAGCACUGCAGCAGAUCGUGUCACCUUUCGGGAAGACUGAUACAUCAUCGGUGCUGUUUGAGACGAUCAAGUACAUCAAGUUUCUUCAUGAGCAACUACAGCUGUUCAGUGAGCCGUACAUGACGAAAAGCGCACACGAGGGCCACGUCCCGUUUGGAGGCGAAGAGAAAGAGAAGACAGGGACGGGGCAUGAGAGUGGCUUGAGGGGCAGAGGGCUCUGCCUGGUCCCUGUCUCGCUGACCUCGCAAGCGUACCACGACGACACCCUGCCGGACUGCUGGACGCCGGCGUACCGGAGCUGCCUGUACCGGUAGAUGAUCUCCCUCAGCGAGGCGGCACCUGCAUCAGCAAUAGGAUGCACAAGGAUUUGCUUUCUUUUUUUCUGCCACGUCGAGUUUGAUUUACAGUCUAUUGCUCAAAAAAAGAUUUACAGUCUAGUUCAGGCGAAUAACAUACUUAGGCAUCUCAGACAUUGGCCUUCGGAAAAGCCAGCAGCUAGCAGAGGUCCGCCAGUCAGUCGAGUCGACAGUACUACUAGCUAGCAUCUCACUGCCUAUGAAUGUUGUUCGGAGCCAUUGUUAGCUUUAGCCACUGGCAUCCGCAUUUGCACUCUUUGGAGGCCAUUGUACAUGUCAUGCCUUUUGAAGGCGUAAACUGAGAUGAUGUUCAGUU